AUGACAACCUACGUCCAAGGUAGAACAGAAAGCAUGAUAUAUUUAGAUAUAAAGUCAAUUCUUCGUGUGCACGUGACGUCACACUGUUUUUCCAAAUCGUCGCAGUGUACUACCAAACAUUUGGGUUUUCGAGUAUACAAGGAACUUCUGCAGUUGACCCUGAUGGAUAAUGGCUCAAAGAAAUUCUUCAUCUUGAACUACAAUGUUGACCCAUAUAACCAGUUCAACACAGGCUCGGCGACGCAGUGGACCUUGUUGGUUGGUUACUGGCAAUGGAGAUCCCGGCCGCAGUCUCCAUUGAUCGGUCCAAAUCACUUGGUUUUCAUUGCGUUUAUAGAGAAUGCAAGAUAUUGUCCAAGUUCAUACCGGAACUUGACCUCCAACAGAACCACCGACGGGACCUCCAACAGAACCACCGACAGGAACUCCAACAGGAACUCCAACAGAACCACCGACGGCACCUCCAACAGAACCACCGACAGGAACUCCAACAGAACCACCAACAGGAACUCCAACAGAACCACCGACAGGAACUCCAACAGAACCGCCGACGGGAACUCCAACAGAACCACCGACGGGACCUCCAACAGAGCCCCCGACGGGACCUCCAACAGAACCACCGACAGGACCUCCAACAGAACCACCGACAGUAACUCCAACAGAACUACCGACAGGACCUCCAACAGAACCACCGACGGGACCUCCAACACAGCCCCCGACGGAACCUCCAACACAGCCCCCGACGGGACCUCCAACACAGCCCCCGACGGGACCUCCAACACAGCCCCCGACGGGACCUUCAACACAGCCCCCGACGGGACCUCCAACACAGCCCCCGACGGGACCUCCAACACAGCCCCCGACGGGACCUCCAACACAACCCCCGACGGAACCUCAAACACAGCCCCCGACGGGACCUCCAACACAGCCCCCGACGGGACCUUCAACACAGCCCCCGACGGGACCUCCAACACAACCCCCGACGGGACCUCCAACACAGCCCCCGACGGGACCUUCAACACAGCCCCCGACGGGACCUCCAACACAGCCCCCGACGGGACCUCCAACACAGCCCCCGACGGGACCUUCAACACAACCCCCGACGGGACCUCAAACACAGCCCCCGACGGGACCUCAAACACAGCCCCCGACGGGACCUCCAACACAACCCCCGACGGGACCUCCAACACAGCCUCCGACGGGACCUCAAACACAGCCCCCGACGGGACCUCAAACACAGCCCCCGACGGGACCUCCAACACAGCCCCCGACGGGACCUCAAACACAGCCCCCGACGGGACCUCCAACACAGCCCCCGACGGGACCUCAAACACAGCCCCCGACGGGACCUCAAACACAGCCCCCGACGGGACCUCCAACACAGCCCUCGACGGGACCUCCAACACAGCCUCCGACGGGACCUCCAACACAGCCCCCGACGGGACCUCCAACACAGCCCCCGACGGGACCUCCAACACAGCCCCCGACGGGACCUUCAACACAGCCCCCGACGGGACCUCAAACACAGCCCCCGACGGGACCUUCAACACAGCCCCCGACAGGACCUCCAACACAGCCCCCGACGGGACCUCAAACACAGCCCCCGACGGGACACCUCAAACACAGCCCCCGACGGGACCUUCAACACAGCCCCCGACAGGACCUCCAACACAGCCCCCGACGGGACCUCCAACACAGCCCCCGACGGGACCUCCAACACAGCCCCCGACGGGACCUCAAACACAGCCCCCGACGGGACCUCAAACACAGCCCCCGACGGGACCUCAAACACAGCCCCCGACGGGACCUCAAACACAGCCCCCGACGGGACCUCCAACACAGCCUCCGACGGGACCUCCAACACAGCCCCCGACGGGACCUCCAACACAGCCCCCGACGGGACCUCCAACACAGCCCCCGACGGGACCUCCAACACAACCCCCGACGGGACCUUCAACACAGCCCCCGACGGGACCUCAAACAGAAGAACCCGGAACUGGAACAGACUAUGGGGAAGGACCCGGUACUGGAACUGAUUAUGGGGAUGGACCUGGAACUGGAACAGACUAUGGGGAUGGACCCGGUACUGGAACUGAUUAUGGGGAUGGACCUGGAACUGGAACAGAUUAUGGGGAUGGACCCGGUACUGGAACUGAUUAUGGGGAUGGACCUGGAACUGGAACAGACUAUGGGGAUGGACCCGGUACUGGAACUGAUUAUGGGGAUGGACCUGGAACUGGAACAGAUUAUGGGGAUGGAACUGGAACAGACUAUGGGGAUGGACCCGGUACUGGAACUGAUUAUGGGAAUGGACCUGAAACCGGAACAGACUAUGGGGAUGGAACCGGCACAGGUGGCGGUGAUGGAACUGGCACCGGUGGCGGUGAUGGAACCGGCACAGGUGGCGGUGAUGGAACCGGCACAGGUGGUGGUGAUGGAACUGGCACCGGUGGCGGUGAUGGAACCGGCACAGGUGGUGGUGAUGGAACUGGCACAGGUGGCGGUGAUGGAACCGGCACAGGUGGUGGUGAUGGAACUGGCACAGGUGGCAGUGGUGGAACCGGAACAGGCGGCGGGGAUGAAACAGGGCCUGGUGAUGGAGUAGGGCCAGGACCGGGACCAGAUGAUGGCGUACUUGAGACGGAUAUAGACUCCAUAGAUCAGAUAUUCUUCAUGUCCGUCAUCGUUACGAUCCUUCCCGACGAAACGACGACCAUCUCGAUCAACCAGGCAUUGAUGGCUCAAAUGAUAGCGGAGAAAAAGACUGUUUACUUUAUUACCUUGAAUUUUCUUGAGUAG